AUGCACCAGAAGUCACCGGAAUCACCGAACGUGGCCCAGAACCCACGUUCGAACGUAUCAUCGAUGGCGAUGUUUGUUGAUGUUUGGAAGAAACAGCUGCGGAGCCGAAGAAAACGCAAAGGUUCCUCGUCAACGUCCAGAGUUUCACUGGAGCCGUUUGUUCGCUCAAAUCGGAGCAGCGCGACACAGGUCUGCGAAAUGGACGGAAGAGCGCCGAAUUCGACGGGUUCCACCUUAGCGACGAUGCCGCUCACGAAAGCUCGGAGUAGCAGCGAUAUCUCAAUGCUCGCGUCGAAUACACUAUAUGGGUUCAGCGAUAGCCUCGCGUCGGAAUCAAGUAUCUACGCAUCACUGGACAGGACUCAUCAGCCGAGAGCUCGCAACGACUUGCGACACCAAAGUUCCCCACCCGCUCACUUCAUGGACGAUUUCGUGGACUUUGUAGCGCAUACCAUCGUCCCCUUGAUGAACGAGAUCGCCAAAUAUAACGAUGCUUUCAUCGACGCUCGACACAUCAUCAACGAGGGCCGGACCCAGAAGGAGGAGUUCGUAUUCUACUCACUGCUAAAUUCGAACAUACUCCCGACUUUUCACCGAAUCGCGAAACUCAUCAACCAAUACAGUCAGGCAAUCGCUUGCGAUGUCCGAGAACGCUACACCACCUGCGGAGCUAUCCAGAAACAGAUGGAUUUCGCCAAGGGUCUCAUCGGCAACACGAUGAGAGCUGACGAUUUCUUCGAGAAAAAAGACAAAGAUUAUUGGCUCGGAUUCCUAGGCUCUAAGCUGGACAACCUCCAGUUACCUUUGAGAGUUCGGCGCUGUCUGCUGGACUUCGAGGCAGUUCACAAAGGAUCCGCGGAGCGCUCGCUUCCGUUGACAGGCGGGCCGGGAUCCUGCAUGGGUCGGAUCGUCGGUGACCUGGCACAAGGCUUCGGCCUGCAAGUGAUUGACGUGGAGAGCAUCUUUCUGAGCCAACGGAACCAUUCCUCGGAGCCCUCGCUGGAGAAUAUCAUGGAACUUGUCAAAAAGGCCAUGCGAAACGCCAGCUCCGAAGCCGGAUUCCUCAUUGAUCUCGUGCCGAACCUCAAGGGUACCGAAAAGUUGAGUUGA